UACCUCCUGGCAGCUAUGGCUGUGGACCGUUAUGUAGCCAUCUGUAAGCCACUUCGCUAUCCCAUAAUUAUGUCCCGAACAGUCUGCAUCCAAUUGGUAGCUGGUUCAUAUGUCAUGGGCUCAAUAAAUGCCUCUGUACACACAGGUUUUACAUUUUCACUGUCCUUCUGCAAGUCAAACAACAUCAAUCAUUUUUUCUGUGAUGUUCCCCCAAUUCUUGCCCUUUCAUGCUCCAACAUUGACAUCAACAUUCUGCUCCUUCUUGUCUUUGUGGGAUUCAAUUUGGUGUCCACUGUGUUGGUUGUUAUCUUCUCCUACACAUACAUCGUGGCUGCCAUCCUAAAGAUGACUUCGACUGCAGGGAGGAAGAAAGCCUUCUCCACAUGUGCCUCCCACCUGACGGCAGUCACCAUAUUCUAUGGAACUCUCUCUUACAUGUACUUACAGCCUCAUUCUAAUAAUCCCCAGGAGAAUACAAAAGUGGCCUCCGUAUUUUAUGGCAUUGUGAUUCCCAUGCUGAACCCUCUAAUCUAUAGUUUGAGAAAUAAAGAGGUAAAAGAAGCUCUAAAAGUGAUAGGAAAAAAGUUCAUUUAG